AUGAGCACCUGGAUCAGUGGCUUGUCUGUUGAUACAGUUCAAUAUCAGAUCAGUUCCCUUAAAACAGCUAUCAUCAAAUUAGAUGAGGCACAUAAAGCAUUGGAGGGUGUUGUUAGUACAAACACAGAUGAUAUCCAAGCCAACGCAACGAGCAUUGAAGCCAACGCAACGAGCAUUGAAGCCAACGCAGCGAACAUUCAAGCCAACGCAACGAGCAUUGAAGCCAACACUACGAGCAUUGACACCCUACAAACAAGUGUUGAUGCCAACACCACGAGCAUUGACACCUUACAAUCAACAAUAACAGAUUUAUCAAGUGAUGUUGAAAACAACUCCAACGCAAUAUCUACCUUACAAUCUAUCAUAAACCUAGCUGAGAAUGCCAACAAUCAAACAUUGACAGCACUGUUCAACAAUGACUCCGAUCUGAUCCAAUUGCUCUAUGAUGAUCAAGCGGCUACUUACACAAUCAGUUUAAGAAAGCAAGAUGGCUCAUAUAUCACUAUUCAGGACAUCAUAGAUAGCAUCAAUGGUCUGGUAAAUAGUGUUAACAGCAUAUCAAAUCCAGAUGAUGAAGCCAAUCUUGGGGACAUAGUUGAUACAGCAAAUGACGCAUUUGACAUCUUCUCUGGUCUUGGCGACUUUGCUUCCGCUGGUAAUACAUUGUUUCUUGAUGAUGUCACGUUACCCAAUUAUUACACCAAGACCGAGAUUGACACCUCUAACGAGAACUAUUACACCAAGGAAUAUAUUGAUGGGUUGAACAUUGGAGUUGGGGAUCUAUACAUCAACGAUACAAACUAUUUAUCGACUGUCUCAGGGGUACAGCAUUGA